AUGACUCUGGACGAAGGCACUAGCAAUAGAAACAAAAAAUCAGGGAAGAAAGGACAUGUCUCGGUGGCGCAAAGGCUUCAGACCAAUGCGCAACUCUCUCCUCGAUCCCAAGAUGGUACAGAUGAUAAAGCCGGUGAUCAGAAACAAAGAAUAAUGUUGGGAAAAUAUGACAGGGCAACGAUUCGAAUUAUAGCCCAGUUCUUGGAUAAUGCAGGACUACAAAACUCUGUGGAAGCCUUGGUCCAAGAGACUGGAUUCAAAAUUGAAACUAGCGCUGGCGCCAGAAUUCGCUCAAAUAUAAUCAAGGGAAACUACGACGCUGCUGUCAGUGUUCUGAAACAAGCUAGAGAUCUCCCAGAGGACACUGCUCAAAACGCUGGAUUUAUCAUUCAGUGUUUCAAAUUGGCUGAUUUGGUCAGAAAGGGUCGAUACUUUGACGCCCUAUUCACAAUGAAAACGAUGGCACCUACUGUAACCCCAGAGCAGCCGAAGCAUUUGGAAUAUUUCAAUAGCUUUGUGAAGAAUGUCAUGUUGGGAGAAAACGACUAUCAACAUUUAGAAGCUUCUAACGUAAGAGAAUCUCAAUUAGGAUUCUUGGAAGAACUUCUCCCAACUGAUUUUAUUCUGCCACAAAAUCGUCUAAAAAGUAUUCUAGGAAAAGUUCAUGGACCACCCACUGACGAAAAAUCGGUCAAACUGCUCCGUGAUGAGCUAUCCACUGGUUCACAAGGAGCCCUUUAUAAGGAGACUCAACAAAUUAUAGAUACCAGCAAUAUACCAAUUUAUAUUGUGAAAUUUUCUCGAAACGGAAAAAUGUUGGCUACGGGGGGAAGAAUUGCUCUGGUUACUGUAUGGGAUGUGCGGAAUGGGCAGCUGAAAAAAAGAGGAGAUAUGUUAUCAAACGCUGAAGGAGAUAUAGGGUAUAUGGAGUUUUGUCAGAAGAAUAAUUUCUUGUUAGCGUGUGGAGGAGUCGCAUCUAAAUAUCAUGUUCACAUUUAUGACCUCAAUACCCGACAACUGUGCCGUACCUUGAAAGUGAAUAACACUCGGGAUGAUCUUGCGGAUAUCGCCAGUUUCUUUACCUGUGCAUCUUUUAUGACUGAUCCAAUGACCGACCGCACUCGAGUGGUGGCUGGAAAUGAAAUGGGAACACUCAAAAUAUUCGAAAUCUCUUUGAAUGAACAAUUGGGAUCAUCUCGUCAGAUAAUGGGAUUCCGAGUCCGAUGUGUUUAUGGAAUGAAAGACGGAGACUCAUUUCUGACUGUUGAUUCAAUGAACCGCGUUAGACUUUACUCGAUUUCAUCUGAUAAUCAAGAAGGAACAACGAUUUGCAAGGAAGACGUAACGAUUCUAAACAUGACAGUUCAUCCUAGUGAGCGAUUGGUUUUGACUACUACAGAUGUCAAUUUGAGACUUUGGGACAUUCGGAACCGAAAUUUAGUUCGUGUUUUCACUGGAGCUUGUCAGCGAGAAGAGUUUAUCAAAUACCAAAUUCAUUCAUCUUUCGGUGGAUGUCAUCAGCAAUUCAUUGCCACUGGAUCUAUUGGAAAAGAAACCGAUGCAUCACUGACUGAAAACAACCGGGACAAACGGAAAAACGGGCGUGUUGUUAUCUGGAGUGUUGAAGAAUCUCGUCCAAAAUUUGAGUUCGCCGGACACAAAGGCCAUGUGAACGGUGUGACGUGGCAUCCGACAAAUCCUGCAAUGCUCGUGAGCUGUGGUGAUGACUCAACGAUCCGAGUGUGGCAUUUGAAGAAGUCGGUGACUUCUGAAUACUCUCACAUAGUGCCUCGUCGCAUAACUCGAGAGGAAAAAAUGCAAAGAAAUGUUUUAUUGGAGAUGCCGUCAACGAGUAACUCAAGGAAUCACGAACCACUCAGACAAGAAAUUAUGAAGAGUUUGAGAGAUCAAGUCAAGAGAAUGAGCACGAAUACAGAGUUUGAAACUGAUUUGAAAAUGGAACAAGAAUGGAUCAGGAUGACAGGAAAACCAAAGUACGCUAUGGAUAAAGAGAAGACUGGUCGGCGGAUGUAA